UCUUUUCUGUUUACCAUUCUGUUCUAUUAUUCCUUCUUGAUACAGGGCAUCUCUUGAUUACCAAAUAACAGCAAUGGAGAAUCGAACAGAAAUCACUCAGUUCAUCCUGCUAGGACUAACCAAGACCCCGGAGCUUCAAUUCCCCCUCUUUAUAAUGUUCACUCUCAUUUACCUCAUCAACAUGCUUGGGAACCUGGGGGUGAUUGUGUUGAUUUUGACAGACUCUCGUCUCCACACUCCCAUGUACUUUUUUCUCAGUAACUUGUCUCUGGUGGACCUUUGUUACUCUUCAACUGUCACUCCCACUGUGUUGGCUGGGUUCCUUUCAGGAGACAAUGUCAUCUCCUACAAUGCAUGUGCUGCUCAGAUGUUCUUUUUUGCAGGAUUUGCUUCUGUGGAAAAUUUCCUGUUGGCCUCAAUGGCCUAUGACCGUUAUGCAGCAGUGUGUAAACCCCUGCAUUACAGCAACACCAUGACAACAGGUCUGUGUGUAUGUCUGGCUAUAGGUUCCUAUGUUGGUGGUUUUGUGAAUGGCUCCAUUCACACUGGGGUCACAUUCCAUCUCUCGUUCUGUAUGUCCAACGUGGUCCAUCACUUUUUCUGUGAUGUUCCGGCAGUCAGGGUUCUCUCUUGCUCUGACAGACAUGUUACUGAGAUGGUUCUUGUUUUUACGGUAAGCUCCAUUGUCUUUUUUGCUCUUAUGGUUAUCUUGAUAUCCUACCUAUUCAUAUUUAUAACCAUCCUAAAUAUGCGCUCAGCUGAAGGAUAUCGAAAGGCUUUAUCCACCUGUGCUUCUCACUUUAUUGCAGUCUCCAUCUUCUAUGGGACAUGCAUCUUCGUGUACAUGCAGCCCAGCUCCAGUCAUUCCAUGGACAAAGACAAAAUGGCAUCUGUGUUCUAUACUAUGGUCAUCCCCAUGAUAAACCCUCUGGUCUACAGCCUGAGGAACAAGAAUGUACACAGUGCAUUCCAGAAGGUUAUUGAGAAGGCAAAAUUGUCUCCAUGCUUAACUUUUUAA